UCUUUAACCAGCGGUGUGAGCAACCGGAUCUAGUAAGACAGCGAGCGAUGGAGAGAGAAGGAAGGACUUCGUGGAUGAAAUAUGGGCCUGUUGUGUCCCUGUUUGUGAUUCUUUUGGCCGUCUGGUUCCGGUCACCCCAGGAUGAAGUACUGGACGACCGGCUGGACACCGUCCUGUCCUCUCUGCUCCGGGCUGAAGGCAAAGUCGGAGUGAACAACGUGGCCCGACCUAAAGUGGCAGUGGGUUUUGGAGGCUGUGUUGACCUGAUAGUGGACGGGGUUUCGUUGCUGAAUAAGAUUGGCCUCGCUCACACAGACCAGCCCCUGCAUCAUGACCUCAUAGAAAAUGAAGUGCAGCUGGCUCAGAGCUUUGCCUACUUCUUUGCACCGGGAGCUGCUGCCGAGCGUUUUGUGCUGAACGACACCCUCUUCAGCGAGCUGGUGGAAGCGUCCCGUGACUUACCCGGCAACAGAUGGGCAAUAGGCGGCAAUGCCCCGGUAAUGGCGGGACGCAUGGCAACCGAGGGCUGUGAUAUAUUGCUAGGGGGAAGUUUCAGCCCCGAUUUUAUUGAUGUCCUGUCUGAACACAUUACAGUGGCAGGGAACAUAGUUGAAGAGCCAGACAUUCAUCUGAUCCUGGAGUAUCCGUCUGGGGCUAGCUGGGGUCAAUAUACAUCGCGUCGAGCCAACAGAUAUAUCGUCCACAGCGAUGACCAUAACCCCUACUUGGACUCCAUGGCUGCAUUUGCAGAGAAACUCAAAGGCUUUGACCCUGAUCUGCUGGUGGUGGGUGGGCUUCAAAUGAUGGAUAACUUCCCCUUCCAGUCAGGUGAGCGGGAGGCUCUCCUCUCCCGCCUCGCCAACCUCCUCUCCUCCUCGUCUCCUACGAUUGGAGUCCACUUUGAGAUGGCUAGUUUUGUAGAAGAGAGUAUAAUGGAGGAACUUCUUCACUACGUCAUUCCUCAUGCCGACUCUUUAGGGAUGAAUGAACAGGAGCUCCCCAACCUGCUCAGUCUGCUGAAAGGCUCCAACAUCACCGUGUUGUCAGACCCAAACCCCCGUGUCGCCACCGUCCUCGACCAGAUGAGGGAGGUGUAUCGCAUCGUGAACCUUCGCUCAAAGGAAGGCAGCGACACGAACAGUGCUAAAGCGAAGCCGCUGACUCGGCUCCACGUCCACACGCUCGCCUUUCAGGCCAUGAUUGUGACACACGGCUCCAAGUGGAAGAACACCAUGUCUGCCACCGCCAAGGCGUCUCUCACGGCGAACCGCCACGUCUGCGGCUCUGAUGACAUUGACCCCAGCAAGGCCAGGCUCAUCAUGGACGACUCCUUCUCUGUGAGCCGGCGGGAGGGCAGCCAGCGGAUCCCUCUGCAGGAGACCCGGCCCGUCAGCUGCUGGGACGAGGAGGACUACGAGAUCUGUGUAGCGCCGGUGCUGGUGUGCACUGAGGUUUACCAAACUGCAGGCGGAGGGGACAACAUCUCAGCCGCCGGCCUGGUGCUGCAGAUCUAGAGAAGGACACUGUAUUGUCUAUCUGUGUGUAGUGCUUUCCACUUGUUGGCAAACAAUGUGACCCUGGAAACUUGAUCUAGGUGUGAUACAAAGUACCCGGCAAACAUGGGUACUGAUUGUAAAAUGUAUCAGGCUAAUGUUGUUGCCCUGGCAGCUGCUGGUGGACCAAUGGGAACAGUGAAUAUCAUUUGUAGGAGUCACAUGAUGGGUUCAGGGGUUAUUAAUCAGGUGUGAUCUCCAGGUUUCAAAAAUAUGAGCUCUGUUUUUAGGUGGAUGCAGAUAAAAAAAGGUGAAGUCAAACAUUUCAAUUUAGUAAAUUGACUGCAGUUAAUUCUCAGUUAGGUGUGUUGUGAGUUUACAUUAGUUGGAGUGCACCAUCGCUGGUUUGGUGUUUCUUUUAUUGACGUUUUGUACAUAUAAUAAUAUUUGUACGCUGCCUCUGCCUGAGUGCAAAUCCCUUUUGCAUCCAGAUUAUUUGUUAUAACUAAAACUUUAGAAGACACAAUGCCCUGCUAUAAUUCAGCAUACCCAACGUCUUUGUUAAGUCCUCGCUGCCCAUCAUCUGACUCCUCUCCUGCUCUACUUCCCAAAGGCCUUACAAGACUUGUCUUCAGUCCGGAUGAAGUAGAGUGAUGAGGUUUUGUUAAAGUCCAUAAAAUACAAGGAUUGGAGCUGAUAAAGCUACACAACUUAAACAGGAUAACUCUUCUUUGUUAUUUAAACCUUUGACUUCACUAUGCAACACACUUGUGUAAAAAGUGACUUUACGCUAAAUCUUCUUUUUCUUGGAAGCACUUUUCUCAGAUGUCUCCUCCUUAAAACCUAAUUUCCAACGGGGUGUUGACCACUCCUGCCUUGCAGCAUAUGCAGUUUCAACCUGAGGCUGAAAAUUAAGCUACCUGAUCUAAAGGGGAAUAUCGUGAAAAACGCUUACAUCUGGAGAGUUAUUGUGUCCUUCCUACAUCAGAAAACAAAGGACUCAACAAGCCAUUUAUAUUUGGCUCCACUUCCUAGACUGCAAGCAGGGUCAUUAGAAUGAACCUGCCCUAAUUUAAAACAUGAAGCACAUAAAGAUGUUCUGGUAUGAACCUAAAGUACAAAUAUGAAAAUCACUUUAAUAUGUCUCCUUUAAAGGUCUCCCUUUUAAUGAGAAGCCUCCUGUCUCUCCUAUCUUGUUUUAGGACUUAAAAUAAGAAAGCUGGAGAGGUUAUCGCCUCCUGUCCUUCCUGAUAUAUGUGAAAAAUGUGCGUUCUCGUUGGGGGUGUUUUGAUUAAUUGUUGAUGUCAUUCUUAUGUUGCAGUGUACCAAUGCAAAAACAAGACCACUGUUGGUAGCUGGAAAUGAUGUCAAAGACCUCCUCUCUACCUCCAUGCUAUUUAUGUUUCUCCCCUUUCCUCUUUUCGUUGAUACUUUGACACACUUCUUAUCAUCUUUCAUAUAUCUUCUUGUGUUUAUUUAUGUUUUUUAAAGACCAAAUAACCAGUGUGGACUGCCCCUGAUAGGAGGCAUUACUGGUAGACACUUCUCAUAUUAUAAUGCUGCAUACAGUGACACAGCCUCCUCUCUAGUUGUAGUUUUAUUUAAAUCAUAAAGUUGAUCUCAAGCUUUGGUGUACCUCACCAUUAAUCCCCUUAACCUGUGACAUUUUGGCAUAAAUAGAAGGGGCCCCUGUCUCUAAUUGACCUCCCAUUCGACUCUCUUCAGAGUAGAAAUGACUUUCCUUUGAAGCUGUGUCUGACUGAAAUGGGAAUAAUGGUUCACACUACGUCCAUAUAACGCAUUCCUCCACAGACCAAGUUCAAUAAGUAUCUUCACAAGUGGAUCUGUAUGUCAACACUACUCAUGGAUGGCGUUUUAUUUAUGCUAAACCGUAAAUGAGCCUUAUUCUGUUUGGACUUUUGGUGUUUAGGGAUAAAGGAAUGUUUAAUACAGACUUUCUUUAUACCUGCAGUCUUAUGUUUUAAUUUCUUUGUCUUGAUUGAGUGAUUGGAAGUGAGUAGUGGGUCAUGUUUUUACUGUGAAAUUAAUUACUUUAAAGCAGAACUUCAGCAUGCAUUCAUUUUCAGAUAGGGAACUUCUUGUGUUUGCUACCAUAUCAUAUCAAAGCUUCAGAUAAGUCCUGUCAUCCAAAGCUGUGUGUAACUUCUUAAUGCAUGUUAACUAUUCAAUGCAGAAUCACCUGAGAUAAAACGCUGAUAAAACACUCA